CCGCAUUGUUGGAGUGAGCUUUUCAAAUCCGUCACUUUUGCGCAUCAUCAAGGCGAGAUAUGGUGCUAGAACUGCACACUUGGGGUCCAGCAUUCGAUCUGCCAUCCAUCGACCCACAGUGUCUGGCCACAAUCUAUUAUCUGCAGAAUGUUCUAGGUCGACCCGGAGAGUCAUGGGUAGUGAUUCCUUCAAGCGACCCUAGAGUCAGUCCUCUUGGAGAACUUCCUGCUUUACGAGAUGCCGAAACUUGGGUAGCUGGUUUUAGCAACAUAAUCGCAUACCUGCGAGAUGUCUCCGAUGGAGAAUGGGAUCUGGACAAGUCCCUGGACGAAGCCCAACGAGCCGACCGCGCAGCUUUCACUUCGUUUCUCGAAUUUCAUGGCCAACCGCUCCUCGAUCUGAGUCUCUACGUUAGUAGCGACAACUAUCUCAAUCGAACGAGACAAGCACUCGGACAGAUUUUGACGUGGCCGAACAGCUGGACUGUGCCCCACCGACUACGAGAAAGAGCAAAGAAGAGAUCGGAACAUCUGGGGUUGAGCAGUCUUGACGUGGACACGGCGCAAGAGGAUAACAGCGAGGAUACCGGGUUGACUGCGCAUAUCCCCAAGUCUUUGAGGAAACCGAAACAGACUGUCAGUGGGCUAUUGGGCCGAGGUCUGCAGAAGAACAAGUUCCGACUAGACGCGAUCACCGCAGAUUUCUUCGAACCUGUGAUGGAAAUGCUUGGGGGCAAGUCAUAUUUGCUUAGUGACGAAGAAAGCAGCUUGGAUUGUUUAAUGCUAGGAUAUCUUGCUCUUAUGCAGAGACCGCAAGUGCCGCAGGGAUGGGUAAGGGAUGCACUGCGAACAAAGUACGCAAAGCUGGGGCAUUGGACGGAAGCCCGCAUCACGGCAGUGUCCGACGAGCCUCUUGAUGUCGGGUUGAUUAUGGGUCGAAAAACAGGGUUGGUCCCCGCGAGAUUCCAGGUUCCCCAGGAACGAAGCCUAUCACAAGUUCUGCAGGCGGUUGUGGAAGGGUGCAUUAGCUCGAUCCCAGUACUUGGGUCUGGGUUUGACGCUUCGGAAAUCUGCAGCAUCCAGACAGCCGGGCGCGAUCGGUAUCGGGAGAAGCAAUUGAGGUUGGCUCGCCUACAGCGUCGAAGAGACAUGUACGUGCAGAUCCUGGCCUCGACUUUUGCAGUCACAGGUCUGCUGGGAUGGCUUGGCUACAAGGGCAUACUGCAACUUCCACGCCGGGCACCACAAGGACGCAAGUUCGGCGAAGCUGGUGCACUCUUUGGCCUGGUAUAAAUCGUCCAGCGUAAGGCAGUGUUGAUAGAAUGAAGAAUACCUAGGUAUGUACACAGUACACAGGAAGUAUG